AUGGCAUCCGAUUCUGCUCGAGCUGCCGCCUCCGCCGACAAGAUCACCAAAGCGGCCCUCAGUAUGUUGACCGUACAGGAUGCCCAGUCGCUUGCGGAGCAAGGCCUCAUAUUCAUGUUCAUAUCACCAGAGUGGGUAAAAACCGAUCUUGGAAACAAAAAGGCCGACUUGACGCCCGAGAAGUCCGCCAUCUUCGUAUUUGAUCUUCUCGUUUCUGCCACAAUCGCUUACAAUUGGAAUUCUACAAUAUUCGUGUGGACGGGAGGGACUAUUACGAUGGAGCCGAGGUGCCGUGCUAGAUGA